GCAUUUCCGUAUAAAAGUACAGUUUCGGAUGUAUCAUUUAAAAUAUGUUAGGCGUACUGUUAGUAAGCAUAGCGUUGAGCUCUGUGGUUGCACAGAAUGGCACAGAGGAGUCUCUUGAAGUAAAAAUAACACAAGGUACAGUGAGAGGAUAUAAAAAGAUAGGCAGUGAUGUGUUUGUUUUUUAUGGGAUCCCCUAUGCCACGGCACCCACUGGAAGGCAGAAGUUUAUGCCACCUCUGUCGCCUCCACAAUGGGCAGGAAUAUUUGAAGCAACGGACAAAGACAUCAUUUGUAUUCAACCAUUCCGUCCUUACUCACAAGAAAACUGCCUGAUUGCCAACGUGUACGUUCCCGACACGGAACGAACUAACCUUCCCGUUGUGGUCAUUGUUCAUGGAGGCGCAUUUUAUUUAUACUACGGUAGUGUUCAAGAACCUAUAGAUUUGGUAAAUUCUGGCAAAAUUAUCGCAGUCUCAUUUAACUAUCGUCUUGGAGCCCAUGGGUUCCUUUGUCUAGGCACAGAAGAAGUACCCGGUAAUGCAGGCAUGAAAGAUCAAGUGGCUAUGCUUCGAUGGGUUCAAGAAAAUAUUGCGCAUUUUGGAGGCAACCCUAAUGACGUCACUAUCAUGGGGUGCAGUGCUGGUGGUAUGUCUGUUGAUCUUCUAUCGGUAUCACCAAUGGCGAAAGGACUGUUCCAUAAAGUUAUUGUUAAUAGUGGUGCUAGUGUUGGACCACUUUCAUUUCAAGUUGACCCAUUGGAAAAUGCGAGAUCUUACGCUAAAGCUCUCGGUUUCGACCGUGUAGAUGAUAUAGAUGCUCUGGAAGAGUUUUACAAAACUGUUUCAUAUGAAACCCUUAUUUCACGCCUGGAUGUAAUCAUUGAGAGAACUGAUUCUUCGGUAGUGUUUAUGCCCUGUGUAGAAGCUGACAUGGGGACUGAGAGAUUUCUUGAAGACGCUCCUGUAAACUUGUUGCGCAGUCAAAACCUCACUCGAUACCCAAUGAUGUACGGAUAUGCAGAAAUGGAAGGAUUAUUUAACGUAAAUCGAUUUGAUGAUUGGAAACAAAGAAUGAACGAAAAUUUUUCUGAAUUUUUACCAGCUGACUUGCAAUUUGAAACCAGUCAGCAGAGAGAAGAAGUUGCUGCAAAAAUAAAAAUGUUUUAUUUCGAGAAUGAAGGUGUGAGGGAUACCAGCAUAUUAGCUUACUUAGAAUAUUUUAAGGAUAUCAUAUUUGCACAUCCUAUACUCCGUACUAUAAAACUGCAUUGGGAAUACGGAGAUAAUCCAAUAUAUUUGUAUGAGUAUUCCUUCGUGGAUGAAAAUACUCCUUAUAUACCCCACACAUUUUUGCGUGGCGCUAAUCAUUGUGAACAAACAGUAGCAACUUUUGAUCAAGAUACCACCAAUGCGACGGAAGAAUACUUGGCAAUGAAGGAAAUCAUGAGGGAACUGCAUAUUAAUUUUAUUACAUUAGGAGUACCAGUACCAGAAGGCUCGCCUUUGCCCGCAUGGCCGCCUAUCAACCACAAACGAAGCCCACACAUGUCUAUAGGCACUUCUCUGCAGCUUCUUAGUUCGCUCAAUUCAAGGACCGCAACAUUUUUGGACUCCAUCUAUGAGCAGUAUUACAGGAUCCCGAUACCACCCGGAGCUAGUUCAGCGUUUCAGUUGAUGUUCAGCACGCUUUUAAUGACUUUGAUAUUGAUAAUUCAGGUUUUGAGUUGACAAGUACAUAUGUUAUGAUUGAUAAGCAUGUAAUUAACAUAGUCUUGGUGACCCGCAAAACUUGUGCGAAUCCCGUAGAAUCUAAGUAAUAUUCCCAUAUCAGAAUUUUUAAAAGUUAUAAAUAUACGUAUGGACUAAU